AUGAAAAAAAAUGAAUAUUUGGUUCAGAUAGCUGUGAUUGAAGCUAGAGAUCUAGCAGCCAAAGAUUCCUCUGGUUCAUCUGAUCCUUUUGUUAAAAUCACUGUUGGCAAUCUUCCAACCUAAGUAAGUACUGCAAAAAUGAAAGCCACCACAGCGGUAUUUAAUUAAGUAAAAUAUUUUAAAAUCAUAGAAUUUCACUUUCGAGGGUUUAAGAAUGUCAGAUGUGGAUUUUGAAAAUUUUGAAGCAAAAAUAGAAAUGUAUGAUUAAAACUAAUUUUUUCAAAAUGAGUUAAUUGGAAUUCAUUCAAUUGGAUUAGCAACUCUUUAUCGAAAUCCUUCUCAUGAAAUUUACAACUCAUGGCUGAGACUUACACAUCCAAAAGAAGUAAAUAAAGUGUAAGGAUAUAUUUUGAUUUCUGCAUACAUUAUUGGAUAAAAUGAUGCUCCUCCUGUUCAUGAUGCCAAUGAAAAUAAUGUUGAAGAUGAGCCAGAUCCUUUUGGAGGUGUUCCAGAUGAUCAGUUAACAGGAGAAUAACUUUAAUAAAGAAGAGAAAAUUAAAAGAAAAUUGCAAUGGUUUGCAAACCAAUGCCUUAUACAAAACUUGCUUAAUUAAUGGUUAACAUAGUAAAAGCUGAAGAUUUACCUAUUCUUAAUGGGACAACAAUUGACAGUUUUAUCUCUGUAAGGGCUAAUGGCAUAACAUAAAUUACAAGUGUUUUAAAAAAUUAAUAAAAGCCAUAAUAUAGAGUUAGAAUGAUGUUUCCAAUUAAUUUUCCUUUAUAAAACGAUAAAAUUAUAAUAAGAGUUUGGGAUAAAAGAGUUUGUAUGGCAGAUACAUUUAUAGGUUAGAUACCGGAAUUUCCUUCAGAAAAUGAUUUUUUUAAUAUUACUUAUCUGUAAAGUAAGGGAGGAGUUUUACCAUUUAGAUGGUUUUCACUCUACGGAAUUCCUACUAAUGAAAGACCAUCAACAUAUGAAUCAAAUGUUUUAGGUUAUAAGAAAAAUCCAAGAGGAACUUGCUAUAUGGGUAGGGUUUUGCUAUCUUUAAAUUUAACACCAUCUGAAAAGCCUGAAAAAAUUGUUUAACCAUUAGGUAUCUAUCGUGAACCAGCCAUUGAAAGAUUUAUGUUAAGAUUGGAUACUUACGAAGUGAACUAAGCAAAAGAUCUUGAUGAAUUUAUCUUUAUUAGAGUAAGAGUUGGAAAAGAGUAUUUUGAUUCUUCAGAAGCUGACUGCAAAUCUCCAGGACAAUUUGUUUGGAGAAAUAAAGUAAUUCUUAAGGCCUGGGAAGUUGAAGUUCCAAAGAAUCCAAGUGAAUAGACAGAUAUAUUUGUUGAACUAAUGAAUAAAGAAAAGAAAAGGGUUGCUUAUAUUAGAGUUAUUGCUACAAGUCCAGAUUUAACAAAUGAUAAACCUUAAUGGUAUGAAUUUAAGGACUUAAAACUUAAAGGAGAACAAGAAGGAGUGCAUAGUUAUGUUUUGAUGAACCUACUUUUUGGCUAAAUUAAUAUUAUCUCCUAAAUCCCUAAAAUUAUUGUUAAAAAGAAUAUGGUAUUACCAUAUAUUUGUAAAAUUUAUCUUUAUUGUGGUUUUGAUUUCUGCCCUGAUAAAGUUCAUAAUGAAAUUUCCUUAAGUUAUGAAAUUAGAAUAGCAAAUCAGGUUUAUAAAUCCGAAUAAAAUAAAAAUAGUAAAAAUCCUAUUUGGAAUGUUUGUAUAAGAAUUCCAGUAAGUAUGGAAUAAAAUUUGGAAUUUGUAUCUAAUUUGGUGAUAUCCUUUUUCAAUCAUAAAGAGUAAAAAUUUCAAUUUUAACUAGACCUAUUGGAUAAGCAAAUGUUUCAGCAAUAAACUGUAGAGUAUCUGAAGAAGAAAUAAUUUAACCAAUAUAUUAAAUUUUUCAUAUUCUUCAAAAUGGCAAAUCAAAAGGAAGAAUAAUUCUUGGUGUGACAUUGUAAAGAAAGAAAAAAAAUGAUAAAAUUGACCCUAAAAUUAGCAUAUCUGAAAUCAUAACCCAAUUUAAAGAGUAUAAAGUGGUUUUUCCAGUUUAUGCUAUUAGAUCGUUACCUAAAAAACUUAGGAAAGCACAGCUUUUCGCAAGAAUAUCAAAUCCAAACUAAGAUUCAGUUGAAAAUGUAGAUUCAUAUUUAUAAGGAGAUGAAGAGGAAACAAGAUUUAGUCCUGGAUAUACAGAUCCAAAUUUUUUAAAAUUAUUGAUCUUGGAUAUUUAAUUGCCAGAGAAUCCACUUCUAAUGCCUUAAUUAAAUGUAGAGAUAUAUAGUAAAGAAAGUUUAUCUCAAAAAUAUUACUUUUCAAUUCCAUUAUAUAAUCAUUACCCAGGAUUAGAUUAAAAAACUUACAACAAAUUAAAUUCAUAUUAUUAUGCUACUUUAGAAAGUGGAAUGUUGAGUGCAAAUGUUCCUCCUCCAGAUUUAACACCUGAAAUUGAUGAAAAUUAAACAGAAGAACAAGAACAAGAGGAUUAAGAAGAACCAAAAACAAUAUUUACAAAAAAAUCAAUAAAACCAAGCAUAAAAGAAAAAUAAUCAACAAAGUCAAAGUAAUCAACCAAAUAAAAAACUGAAGUUUUAGCUUAAAAAUUAGAAAAGUCUAGUGAUGUGAUUUAAAAAAGAAUGCGAACAAGAGGAAUAGAAAAUGCUUAUGUUUAAGAUGAAAUUGUUUUGGUUCUUGAUGAUGAAGAUGUGUUACGAGAAUAAUUAUUAAAAAAAGAGAAAUAAGCAAAACUAACUAAACUAUUAAAAACAUUACCAAAACCUUUAAACACUGAAUUAAAUAAAUAAUUUUUAAAAAAGGCCAUUUUAGAACAAAUCUUUAAAAUACAAGAUUUAGAAACAUAUUUUACUGAGAGAGCAAUAGAAAUGUCUGAUGAUGGUAUUGAUUAUGGUAGACCAAUAAUAAAAGGUUAAUAUGAUUCCGAGAUUUAAAAGGGGCUUCCAUUUUAAAGAUAUAAAAUAUAUGAAUUAAAUAAGAAUGCAUCUGGAUAAGGUUAAGAAACUACUGCAAUUUUAAAAGCAGAUGUCAAAUUAAUUAAUAUAAAUACAUUUAAAUAGACAGUUAAAUAAUAAUAAUAAUAAAAUGAUGAAAAGAAAACUAAGAAAGCUGAAUUAAUAGAAAAAGCAGAAUAUGUCAAAAGAUUAAGAUCAGCUGAUUAUCCUUUUGAUUUUUUUGAUCCAGUUUUUCAUGAUUAUUUGAAAUAGCAAUAAUUUAGAUGUAAAGUGAGAGUUUACAUAUAUAGAGGUUUGAGCUUAGCUGCCUAAUCAGAAAAUAUUGAUGCUUAUCAUUAUAUGGCAGGAGAAUAAUCAAGAAACUCUGCAAAUCCUUAUCUUGAAAUUGAAGUUGGAGAACCUGGAGCUGAUCCAGGAGAAUUUGUUAAAAAAGUAUCAGAUCCUGAUAAAUUUAUUUAAAACACUCUUAAUCCAACAUUUUUAAGAUCAUUUGAAUUAGAUGCAAUUCUUCCUUAAGAUUGUUUUCUUCAUAUAAGAGUAUUUAAUAAAGGAGGAUUAACAAAUAAACUUAUAGGUGCAGUUAAAAUUGAUAUUGAAGAUAGACUUAUGGGUGAAAAGAAAUUAAAAUCAAGACUUUCAUGUGAAGCAUAUAAAGAUUACUUUUUAAAUGAUUUAGAAAGAUUGAAAUAUACUGAAAAUGCUGAUGAUAUUAAAUUAAGUUAUUAAGCUGAAAUUGCAAAUCUCACUUAAAAAAUAGAAUCUAUAACUACACUAGAAAUUCCAGUUGAAUAUUAAUAAUUAAGACAUCCAGAUAAACUAGUUUCUUAGGGUUAAUUAGAAAUGUUUGUUGAAGUACUUCCAUUAGAAGUUUCUCGUUUAAUACCUCCAGCAUUAUUAGUAGAAAGGUUACCUUAAGAAUAUGAAGUUAGAUUAAUUGUUUGGGAAACUUUUAAUAUACCAUUAAAUCCUAUUAAAAAAGCUGUUGAUAUCUUUGUUAGAUGUGUUAUGGAUUCCUCAGCUACUGGUACAGGACAAGAAAUUUUUAAGGAAACUGAUACACAUAUGGGAAGUACAGAUGGAAAUGGAGAAUUUAAUUGGAGAAUGAAGUUUAAUUUUAAAACACCUUGUUAAUUUCCGAGAAUGAAAAUUAGUGUUCAUGAUUUUUCUGUUUUUGGUGCUAGUCCAAUAAUUGGAGAGGCAACUAUAAGUUUAAAAAGGUAUUAUAAUUUAUAUUAUCAGAGUAUUAACAGUUAUGAAAACUUAAGCAAUUUAUGAAAUGGCUCCUACUUAAAUUAAAUUAAGUUUAGCUAAAGAGCCAGAUGUAGAAAAAGGAACUGUCAUGUUAUAGAUGACAAUCUUAUAAAAAAGUAUGGCUGAAGCUAAACCUGUUGGCGAAGCUUAAGAAGAGCCAAAUAUUGAUCCCUUUUUAAAAAAACCCACUGAAGGUAGAGGUUUAGGAGCUUUUUUUAAAGGCAUUGGAAUACCAUGGGGAAUGAUAUGUAAAUAAGCUUGCAUGAUUUUGCUACCUAUGUUUAUUUCAGCUUUGGUUUCUUUUAUACUUUUUGUUAAACCAGGUAUUUUAAUGCCUCCGACACCAGGAGCUUGA